AUUCACAUGAGAAGAAUCAUCCCCCAAUCAAUGGAAGCUCUAAGAAGUGUAUUCGUAGUUGCUCCACCAUCAAUCAGAGCCCACUUGUCCAAACCCAUAUGCAAUCUUUCAUUUACUAAGAAAACAUCCAACUUAACCCGAAUUCCAAAAUCCAAACUUACUAACUUCAAUACCAUUUCUCCUUGUGUUUCAACCCAACCUGAAGCAGAAACCGAAACCGGAAACCUUGAUCAUCAAGAUGAGAAUUUUGACUGGUUUUCUCACUGGUAUGCACUUAUGCCUGUGUGUGAUUUGGACAAGAGAGCUCCCCAUGGGAUGAAGGUGUUGGGUCUUGAUGUUGUGGUGUGGUGGGAUAUGCAUGAGAAUGCAUGGAAGGUGUUUGAUGAUCGUUGUCCACACAGAUUGGCUCCACUUUCUCAAGGAAGGAUUGAUCAAUGGGGUAGGUUGCAGUGUGUGUACCAUGGCUGGUGCUUUGGUGCCUCCGGUGACUGCAAGUUUAUUCCUCAAGCUCCUCCUGAUGGUCCUGCGGUUCAUUCCCCUAAAGCGUGUGUUGGUGUUUAUCCAAGCACCAUGCAAAACGGAAUUGUUUGGUUUUGGCCCAGCACAAAUCCAAAAUACAAAGAUAUCCUCACCAAGAAGAAACCACCAUACGUCCCUGAACUUGAUGAUCCUUCGUUUAUCGGAACCAGCAUGUUCGUCAGAGAUAUACCAUACGGGUAUGAAGUCUUGGUUGAAAAUCUUGUGGACCCUUCUCAUGUUGCAUAUUCACACAAGGGGAUAAUGACUUACUCACCACCACCCAGUGUUAAGCUUGAUCAAGAAGGGGGUGCACCUAUUGAUAUGAGCAUGCAAAAAUUAGACAAAAAUGGUUUUACUACAACCGAGCAUCUAGGUCGUGAAUGGAGCUUUGUAUCUCCUUGUCUGGUAAAAGGUAGUCUUACAAUCAAGGAAAGUCCAAAUAACAAAAAGGGAAAAUUAGUACAAAAGCCACCUCGAAAGCAUCUACUUAUCUUUUUUUGUACUCCAGUGAGUCCGGGUAAAAGUAGAUUAAUAGUUGUUGGCCCAAGAAACUAUAGUCUUUGGAUAGAUCCAUUUCUUUCAAGAUGGAUGAACCAUGUUAUGAUAAAUCUGAUUGUUGAUUCGGAUAUGUGUCUUUUACGGGUUCAGGAGGAGAAGUUGAUGGAGGUAGGUCCUUCAAAUUGGCAAAAAGCCUGCUUUGUGCCAGCAAAGGCAGAUACUAAUGUGGUGGCAUUUAGAAAAUGGCUAAAGAAAUAUGCAAAUGGUCAAAUCAAUUGGGGUACCAAAUUUAAUGGAUCUCUUCUACCCACCCUUCCUAGAGAACAACUGAUGGACAGGUACUGGAGCCAUGUGGUGCAUUGUAGUAGUUGCAAUGGUGUAUAUAAAUGUUUAAAUAUAUUCAAGAUCUCUCUUCAAGUGUUUUCAAUUGCUUCAUUGGCUAUUAUGGCUACAACCAAAUCAGGGAUGAUAUUAAUUGCCGGAAGAAAUACACUCGCAGCUGCUUCAGUUUUGUGCUUUGUGGGAUCAAAAUGGUUGUCACAUUUCAUUUACAAAAUCUUCCAUUUUCAUGACUAUAAUCAUGCCUUUAAAUGAUUGUUUUCAUGUAAUAUUAUUAUUAGUAAGUUUAUUUUGGUGUGAUUACUUGUUAUAAAUAAAAUGUUUGAGUAUCUUAAAUUGUUGUCGUUGUUGCA